AUGAAAAGAAAGUUUGCAAGAGGUAUUUCUAAUAAAGGGCUAAAUUUGAGGAAAACAACACAUGGCCUCAAUCUCGAAGGAUACUGCAAGAACACAUCUUGCAAAGCUUACAAUCAACUUCAAAUCGUUCGCCAUUUUGGUUACGGUACUUACAAGUUUCCUACGGAACCUCAUCUCAGCAUAUGCAAACUAUGUAAGAAACAAGUCGAACCCGUCACCUGUGGGUUCACAAAUACCCUCUGGAAAUACGAAUGGAAAAAGAGUGUUGAUUUAAACGCUUCGAGUAUGGAAGGUACUACUGAGCGAACAAUUACAGAAAAGUCUACUACUUGGGAGCGCGCAGAACUUGAUGAAUAUGUAACAUUUGGAAAUGCGAGCAUCUCUGAAGAUGUAGGAGUACAAUGGCUGAAACUAAAGAUCACAACCGUACGUCUCUGGCCGCCUCCUACCUCUAUUUGA